AUGUUACUCCCAUCUGCGCUUCCUAGCGACAUGCCACAACAGUCGACCCAGUCGCAUCUCGCGCCCAACCUACUAUUCAACACUCCACCCCCCACCGAAGAUGACCUCUUCCCAUCAGGCAAUGGCCUACUAGGAACCAGUCGCGCCCUCCAAUCCCUUCUCAAUAUCUCUCCUGCUUCGGUCCCCCGUCGCAAGACUCCUCCACGUCUCCUAAGUCCCCUCCAGCUACGAUCCCCUCCUCCCUCCCGGUCGCAGAAGCGUGUGGCCCAGAAGAAAGACUUGACCAACCUCACGCGCUCCUCCCCAUCACCCUGCUCUCCCUCCAAACUUCCGCGUCGUGCGAACAAGCGCAACCGAUCUGCCUAUGAAAUAGACCUUGACUCGGAAAUUGAGGAUCGCAAACCCUCCAAAAAUGCCAAAUCGCGCGACCGUUUCUCCACGCCCAAGCGUCGCAGACAAAUCCCCAAUGAUUUACCACUAGGUCUUACACAGGAAGACUUCUACUCGCUUUAUUCACCCCCGAUCACACAGUCGCCUCUGUCGCCGGCGCAUCGACCGCAAGAAGAUUUGAGCGCAAGUGAAAUAAACCCUCUGGAAAUCUCACUAUACAACCCCGACGCGCCGCUGCCGUCCAUCGAGACAAACGAUGAAAGCAUAAAGUUCGCGUCACAUGAACUAACGCCAAUCGAUGCGUCGCCUUCCUGGGUCGCAGAGGACGAUCGACGGCUAGUGAACUUGGUUCUUGAACGAUAUCAAUUCUCCGAACAAGUCUUGGAUGACUGCGCCAGAGAACUGGGCAGAAACCACGAGUCCAUCAGACGCAGAUGGCAAACUCUCCUGGGCCAAGGGGAGAUAGGCUUUGCGACGAUGAGGAGCUAA